GGCGGGAGUGAGUCUCCAUUUUUCUGGAUCUUGCCCUGGAGGCGUUCUUAGUCCCCGCCUCCACAUCCAGAUUUCGGGGAUCGCCUGUAUAACCUUACCUGAGAAAGAAGACCAGAAGAGGGAAAAAAGGAGGAAUGGCUCUUUUCCAGGGACGGUUGACAUUCAGGGAUGUAGCCAUAGAGUUCUCUCAGGAGGAGUGGGAAUGCCUGGACCCUGCUCAGAGGGUCUUGUACAGGGAUGUGAUGUUGGAGAACUACAGGAACCUGGUCUCCCUGGGUGAGGAUAACUUCCCUCCAGAAGUCGGGAGUUCUGCCGGAUUUACAAUCAAGGAAUUAUCACCAAUACAGGACAUUAAUAAAGGAGAAUUUUACCACUUAGUGAUAUUGGAGAGAAAUGAAAGUCAUGACAUCAAGGAUUUUGAUCUCAAGGAAGUCUGGGAAAAUAGGCAUGAGUUUGAAAAUCACUGGGGAGAUGAUGCAAGAAAUUACAAAGAAGUGCCUUUGACCCAUAACAAAAAUGUCACAUGGAGAAAAGAUCAAAAACUUAAUCAGCCCUCAGUCACUCUUCCUCAAAAGCAGUGUGCUUCUGUAAGAAAUAAUACAUACCUGUAUUUCAUGGAUUAUGAGCCAUUUGUAAGGAAUGUAUUAAAAAUGGACAAUAAUAGAAGUGGUGCUGGAAACCAGUACAUAGACUGCUUGGAAAAUAGAAUUGGAUUAAGUUUACAGGCACACCUGGCUGAACUCCAGAGAUUUCACAGUGAGGAGAAAAUGUAUGAAUGUAAUCCAACUGAGAAGUCUGUCAGCAAUGGUUCCUCAGUCUCACCACUUGAAAGAAGUCCUCCCAGGACCCAAAACAUUUGGAAUAAGUCUAGGAAGAUUUUUAAAUAUCGUUUGUUACCUGCACAAGACAGGAAAGCACACACUAGAGGAAAAUCUUACAAAUGUAAUGAAUGUGGGAAGGUUUUUAGCAAAAGCUCAAACCUCAUGAGUCAUGAAAGAAUUCAUUCUGGACAGAGACCUUAUAAAUGUAAUGACUGUGGCAAAGCCUUUACGGAGCACUCACAUCUUACUCAACAUAAGAAAAUCCAUACUGGAGAGAAACCUUAUAAAUGUGAUGAGUGUGGCAAAGCGUUUAACCAAUGUUCGAACCUCACUAGGCAUCAAAGAAUCCAUACAGGAGAGAAACCAUAUAAAUGUAACAUAUGUGGCAAGGUCUGUAGUCAAAAUUCAAACCUUGCAAAUCAUCAGAGAAUGCAUACUGGGGAGAAACCUUACAAAUGUAAUGAAUGUGGUAAGGCUUUUAUCCAACGUUCACACCUUUGGAGUCAUGAGAGAAUUCAUACUGGGGAGAAACCUUACAAAUGUAAUGAAUGCAGCAAAGCCUUUGCUGAGCGUUCAAGCCUUACUCAACAUAAAAAAAUCCAUACUGGAGAGAAACCUUACAAAUGUAAUGAGUGUGGCAAAGCUUUUAAACAGUGCUCUCACCUCAUUAGACAUCAGAAUACACAUCCUGGAGAGAAGCCACACAAAUGUGAUGUAUGUGGCAAGGCUUUUAUCCAGAGUUCUAGCCUUGUAGAACAUCAGAGGAUUCAUACAGGAGAAAAACCGUAUAAAUGUAAUAAAUGUGAUAAAGCUUUUAUCAGACGUUCACACCUCUGGGGUCAUGAACGAACUCAUACUGGAGAGAAACCUUACAAAUGUAGUGAGUGUGGCAAAGCCUUUGCUGAGCGCUCAAAUCUUACUCAGCAUAGAAAAAUCCAUACUGGAGAGAAACCUUAUAAAUGUAAUGAGUGUGGCAAAGCGUUUACCCAAUUUGCAAACCUUACUAGGCAUCAGAAAAUACACACUGGAGAGAAACCACACAAAUGUAAUGUGUGUGGCAGGGCUUUUAUCCAAAGUUCAAGCCUUAUGGAACAUCAGAGAAUUCAUACAGGAGAAAAACCUUAUAGAUGUAAUAAAUGUGAUAAGGCUUUUAUCAAACGUUCACACCUUUGGGGUCAUGAGAGAACUCAUACUGGAGAGAAACCAUACAAAUGUAUUGAAUGUGGCAAAGCAUUUACGGAGCGUUCACAUCUUACUCAGCAUAAGAAAAUCCAUACCGGGGAGAAACCUUAUAAGUGUAAUGAGUGUGACAAAGCUUUUACCCAAUUUGCAAAACUUACCAGGCAUCAGAAAAUACAUAAUGAAAAGAAACAGUAUAAACCUAAUAUGUGUUGCAGUGCUUUUAUUCAAAGCUCAAGCUUUGGAGAUCAUCAAAGAACUCGUAGGAGAAAGAAACCUUGCAAAUAAUAUGAGCAAGUAUUCAACACUUACUUAACAUCAGAGAUUCCAUCACGGAGAGGAACCAUAUGAAACUAACAUAUUUGGGAAAGCUAGUAACCAGGGUUCACACUUCACCUGAUAUCAGAAUACAAAUCUCUGAAAGGAAGCACACUGAAGAAAUGUAUGGCAAGGCUUAUCCAAAGCUUGUUACACCUUGUGGAACAUAAAUUUUACCAGAGAAUUCUUACAAAUGUAAUGAGUGUGAUCAGGUUUAAAAAAUGUAUAAAUUGGGGAGGGGGGUAAAAUAGAUGAAUGGGAUUAAGAGGUACUGACUUGCAGUUAUAAAAAAAAUGUACAACUCUGCUUUGUGGUCUUGAAAGCAUUCACAUAACAUGGAAGCCAUACAAAUAUGUCAAGGUCUUUACCUCAGGAAGCACCUAAGAAUUUAUCCUGGACAGAAACAUUACACAUGUAAUGAAGGCGAUAAUUUCUUUAAGCCAGUUCUCUCAGUAGAUUGCAAUUAAAGAAUUCACACUAGAGAGAACUAGGUCUGUUUUGAGGAUUAACUAUUCUUAGGUAUUAAAUUCCACAGAAAACAAAAAUUAUUUAAAACUCAUGAGAUAAUGUAUGUCAAUGGAACAAGUAGAUCUGUGGAAAGACCUAAUCAUCUUCUGUUUAGAUAUUUUGUAAAGAUUUUAUUUACCUCUCUACACCCAACGUGGGGCUCAAAGUCACAACCCUGAGAGCAAGAGUCAUGCUUUUCCAACUGAGCCAGCCAGGAACCUCUAUGAUGUUUUUUCACUCAGUUAUUUAAGGUUUCUUGAUGCUACAUUAUUACUGAUAACUUACAAUAAGUUUGGAAUCCACUGAUGUUAUACUUUCAUUACAUGUGUUUCAUUUGUCAACCAUCGUGGUGGUCUCAGAGAAAGUAUGAAAGGAACCUCUUUUAUUAGGUGGGGCUUAGUCAUACCUAUAUACCCUGGAAAAACUAGGAUGCUGGUUUUAAGGUCUAGAAUAGUAUAUAUUUUGGAGCAUAAGGAGUGACCAGGAAUAAAUCUAAAAGCUAUUAUGUAAAUUACCAUG